AUGGGCCUCAAAGGUGACAAGGGUGACGUGGGCCAAAGAGGAGUAGUGGGCGAGACUGGACCAAACGGUGGUCAAGGGGCCCGAGGGCCACAAGGAAUAAGGGGCCUUCCAGGGGGGAAAGGGGAGCCUGGUCUUGCUGGGCCCGAUGGACGUGAAGGAAUUCCCGGAUUGCCAGCAUCUAAGGGUAUUACUGGGAAAGUUGGCAGUCCAGGUGAUGCUGGGCUCCAAGGACUUCCUGGUUUGCCAGGCACUUAUGGUCCAAAAGGACAAAGUGGCGAGAUGGGUAACUCUGGCGACCCAGGUUCCGUAGGACUAAUGGGGUCUCCUGGGAAAUCAGGGGAACGUGGCGAGCAGGGAGAAGUAGGACCUGUCGGAGCAAGAGGUGGACCAGGUGAAAGAGGAGUGCGUGGCCCAGACGGACAUGCAGGGGCACCAGGACCCAGGGGUGACGAAGGGGAGCCAGGAGAGAAAGGAUCGACGGGCAGACCAGGAGAGACUGGAAACAAAGGGCCGGAGGGCGGCCGGGGCAUACCAGGCCCAGAGGGCAAGCCGGGCCAACCUGGACCACGUGGCAUGCAGGGGGACAGAGGGGUGCCAGGACUGCCAGGGACACAGGGGCCAGCGGGGAAAAAACCAAGCGAUACACACAUCACAGGAGUUUGCAUGAGGGUAAUGCAAGAGCAGCUAGCCCAGCUAGCAGCCAGCCUGAGGAGGCCUGAGGCAGGCAUCUCUGGACUGCCAGGUCCCCCUGGCCCCCCUGGUCCUGCAGGCCCCUCCGGAGAGAACGGCUACCCAGGACUGGACGGGGCCAGAGGACUGCCAGGUCUCAAAGGACCUCCAGGGCUACUGGGUCGCAAAGGGCCCAAAGGUGACACAGGCGACAGAGGAGACAGAGGACCCACAGCGAGAGGGGUUAAAGGAGCACCUGGAGCACCCGGUCUACCAGGUGAUCACGGUAGAGCCGCCUAUGGCACAGAAGGCCGCGACGGCGAGAGAGGGCCACGCGGCGUUCCCGGUAUUCCCGGCGUUCCAGGGCCUCCUGGUCGUCCUGGCCUCAACGGCUACUGCGAGUCGUCACAGUGCAUCCUUCCUAUGGUGGCGUCACCGAUAUCGGCAAAAGAUUCCGGCAUGAAAGGGCCAAAUGAGGAAUAA